GGUUCUCCUAAGCGGCACCACUUUCAGCGACAGCGGGCAGCCAGUGAGAGCAUGGAGCAAGAGGGGGAUGUCCCCCACGCCGACUUCAUUCAAUACAUUGCCAGCGCAGGCGACUCGGUGGCCUUCCCACCCCCCCGCCCCUUUCUGGCCAGCCCCACCAGCCCACCCCCCACUCUCGGCAGGCUAGAGGCAGCUGAGGCGGCGGGAGGAGCAAGCCCCGAGACUCCUCCGGAGCAUGGCAUCAGUUUGGGGCCCGAGCAUGCGCAGCAGCAGGACCCGCAGCAAGAGCAGGACGCCGAGCAUGCACAGUGCAGCUACCGUGACCUGUGGAGCCUUCGUGCUUCGCUCGAGCUCCACGCGGCCACUGCGUCGGACCACAGCAGCAGCGGUAAUGACCGCGACUCAGUGCGCAGCGGUGAUAGCUCGGGCUCGGGUUCCGGGGGUGGAGGCGCAGCACCCGCCUUCCCGCCCCCUCUCGAGUCUCCACCUGCUUUGCGGCCUAAGGACGGCGAAGCCCGCCGCCUGCUACAGAUGGACAGUGGCUACGCGAGCAUCGAGGGACGAGGGGCGGGCGACGAAGUUUCCGAACUUCCUGUUCCAGCCCGCAGUCCUCCCCGCAGCCCGCGAGCCUGGCCACGCAGGCCACGCCGCGAUUACAGCAUCGACGAGAAGACGGACGCUCUUUUCCAUGAGUUCCUGCGCCAUGACCCUCAUUUUGAUGACGCUCCGCGUCACCGUGCACGUGCGCAUCCUCACACUCAUGCACGGAAGCAAUGGCAACAGAGAGGCAGGCAGCACAGCGACCCCGGCGGCGCACGCGCGGCCACGCCCCCUGGGGCGACUCGCCCCACACGUGCGCCCUUACGCCGUGGGGACAGUGUUGACUGUCCUCCUGAAGGCCGUGCGCUGCCCAUCACGGGUGAUGACCCAUCCAUUCCUGUCAUCGAGGAGGAGCCUGGAGGUGGAGGCGGUGGUUGCCCAGGAUCUGGGUUGUGUGUUGAGCCCGCCGGGGCACUGCUGGACAAGCUAGCAGCCAGCCUCGACGAGAGACUCUUCUCUCCCCAUCUUGCUGAGCCAGUUGCCUCGUCCCCGGUGCUGAUUGUCGCUGCUGCCGCCCCUACAUCCCCUGACCACAGCCCCGCCUAAGCUCUGUGUACUGGACCUGCCUCUCGGCUGCUCCUCCGGCAGCACGUGGGGCCGCCAUGGGAAUGGUGGCGAUAGCAGGGGCAACCUGAGGUUGCUGUGCAUGGGUACGCGGCCCACAUCCCAAGCGUGCUUGCUAAGUGGGGCACUUAGCUGGGCGCAGUGGCCUCCGGAAGCACGAGGCUCCAGGACCGAGGCUCAGCUGCAGGGAGGAUGAAGAGAUUGGACUCUGGGAUCCAUAGAAGGUUGACCCCGGCACCCAGUCUCUGGCCACAGAUGGGGGUGGAGCAGGUUCUGAGGUGCAAGUGCAGCCUCUCUCCAGGAUCAGCUGAACCUCCAUUCGUGAGCACGUGUUGGCGGUGCCACUGCCUGCCAUAAGCAUGCGCGAACCUACUGGAGGGGAAGUGACUGUGGGGCACUGAGGAUCAGCGAGGAGCUCGGCGCCCCAGAGCCUCAUCUAUUUACCCUGUCCAUAGUAUGCGCUUUGUAGCGGCCUUACAGUUCUUCUCUGAGCGAUAACCGACCGCGCCCACCCUGCAUGUGCACAGCCUCUACCCUGUCCCAUUGCUACCCAAGAGCCUUGGGCUUUGGACAGACGGACAGAACAGCCCAGGUGGCAGCAUCAAGUUUCCCAAGCUUUAUUUAUUGCCAAAAGAUAGGGCAGCCUCGCCACGAGUGCCUGCCCACUCCCUGCCCUGCGCCCUCUAUGGUUGGUCGUGUUGUCUGGUUGAUCAUAAAUGUCUCUGCAUAUUGGUUUGCUCUGGGUUUUCUCUGUAGGCAACCAUGUGCCCCGCCUGCUCCACAGUUCCAAACACCCUCAUAGCCACAACUCAAAACCACCUGUUUUAUUAAAAAAGAAAAACCAA